ACAUGCGUGCAUGGUUGUGUAAAUAUACAUCGUUUCACGUGUAAACGCCGCCCUUCAUGCUCCCUCAUUCCACUGAGCGAACAUUUUCUCAUACGUACAUAUUUAGAUACUCGAUACACACACACUCGGCGAAUCUUCAUAUGAAGAGCAAAAUUAACGCCACCACUAGCUGAAUAUAAUUGCGUGGAGCGAAAUAAAAUAUAAAACGACAAUAAGAGUCGAUAUGUUAUUCACCUUUCGCAGCUGAUAUUAAAGGUAAUAUUGAAGUUUACCGUACCAAAGAAAUAGAAACACGGGUCGGGAACAGGUUAUUGACACGGAGCAUCAACCGCCACGUUCGAUGUAACGACUACAACGAGCAAACUGAAGCGAGAUUGUGUAACGUCACUACACCGUGUGGCAGAACAAUUCCAUUUAAACCGACGGGUUAUCACACCAGGAAAUAUGAACUUUGAAGGAAGCCGUCGUCACACACUAAUACCAUAGAAUAGAGAAUAUAUAGAAGGGCAACUCGCAGAUAUCAAUGAAACACUUACGUCUCCGACUGGAGCUUGCUGACUGGUUAAGGGCUGGACUGACGUAACCUAACCUAACCUAAAUUUAAUUUGUUACUGUUCCCGAGGCAUUUCAAACAACGUUGAUGUAAUGGAACACGAGCGAUUUACUUCGAUAGAAAACGGGGAGGAUAUUGGUCUCAGUUGUCUGGACAAUAAACACACGACCAGUGCGGCUGCGAAGUCCGAUGGAAAAAUUUCCCUGAUUGAAAAUGAUGUCGAGCGAGAAAAAUGGUCGAAUAAAGUGGACUUCAUGUUAUCCAUCAUUGGCUACUGUGUUGGUUUAGGAAAUGUCUGGCGGUUUCCGUACUUAUGCUACGCCAAUGGAGGAGCAACUUUCUUGAUUCCGUAUUUCCUCAUGUUGGCAUUGUGUGGCAUUCCCAUGAUGCUCACGGAGUUUAGUCUGGGACAAUAUCUGAGUCUGGCACCACCGUCAAUGUUUUCCACCAUCUGCCGUAUGUCCAAAGGUGUUGGCAUGGCAAUGAUGAUGAUUUCGUUUCUUGUUUCCAUCUACUACAAUGUCAUUAUAUGUUGGUCCAUUGUUUAUCUUGUUAGCUCGUUCGCCAAGGAUGUUCCUUGGAAGGACUGUGAUCCCAAAUGGGCUAGCACGCGAUGCAGCAACGUCACAACGAGGCGAAACGUAAACAAUCGCCUUAAAAACUGUGUUAAUGGAACUCUAAAACUCAAUGAAACAAACAUCGUCGACUGCAAAUCAGACGAGUUUAAGCUAAUUCCUUCAUCGUUGGAAUACUUUAACAACUACGUUCUUGGCAAGACAGCUGGCAUCGACGAUAUGGGGGACUUUCGUUGGAAGAUCUGUUUGUCGUUGAUAUUUUGCUGGACGGUUGUGUUUUUGUGUUUGUUCAAGGGCGUGAAAACCUCGGGAAAGGUCGUUUGGGUGACGGCCACGAUGCCGUACAUCGUUCUUUUCAUACUAUUUGUUCGUGGGGUGACACUGGAAGGAGCGGGGAUCGGAAUCAAGUAUUACCUCACUCCAAAAUGGAAGAAGUUGAUUGACGUGAAGGUUUGGGUUGCCGCAGCGUCGCAGAUAUUUUAUUCGCUCGGCGUUGGUUGGGGAACCGUCUUGGUAUAUGGAAGCUACAACAAGUUUAAUAACAAUUGCGUGUUCGAUGCCAUUCUCGUCAGCUGUAUCAACUGUGGUAGCAGUUUUUUUGCUGGUUUUGUCGUGUUCAGUGUUCUCGGUUUCAUGGCGAAUCAACUGAACGAAGACAUAGAUAAAGUGGCGACGUCAGGACCCGGCUUGGCCUUCAACGUUUACCCGGAAGCGAUUUCUAAACUACCGAUUUCACCGUUGUGGGCAAUUUUGUUCUUCUUUAUGUUGUUUACGUUGGGAUUAGACAGUCAGUUUGGUACGCUGGAAUGCAUCAUUGCAGGUGUUUCAGACGAAUGGGGAGGAUUUUUCAAGAGACGUAAAUCGUUGUUCACUCUAUUGAUUUGUCUUUCGUUGUUCAUUUUCGGUCUCCUUAUUUGCACAGGGGGCGGAAUUUACAUCCUCAAUCUUCUAGAUUAUCAAUCAGGAGGCAUCUCCCUGAUAUUUCUCGCUCUAAUCGAAAUCCUGACCGUCGGCUGGGCUUACGGAGCGAAUCGUUUGGCGGGCAAUAUCGAGAAAAUGAUUGGUCGACGUCCUCCGAUGUAUUUUGUGAUUUGUUGGAAGUUCAUCACUCCUGCGCUGUUGUUUGCCAUUUUACUGUCAACAAUCAUCCAAUGGGAAGGCAUCUCAUUGGACAAAUACCAGUACCCGGCAUGGGCCGAGUUUAUUGGUUGGUUGGUUGCCUUGCUCUCUAUGAUACUCAUUCCUGGCUUCGCCAUCAAUGAGGUCUAUCGUGCUGAUGGCAUCACUUUAAAACAGAAAAUCUCAAACGCUUGGCAACCCAAUAAUGAUCUGAUCAGAGAGAUAGAAGAACGUCAAGUAGAAGAGAUGGCCGACGUUUCACUAGUUAAAGACAAGAUUUAAUCAAGCAUUGGUAAUGUAAGCGCUUAAAACAGCAUUUAUCCUCACGCCUUGUUCAUGUUAUGUCGCGUAAAUGUUUAUCUGGUGCUUGGACUUGUAAAGACGAUUAUUUUUUACUUCCUGGAAAUUAUGUAAAUUUAUGAUAUGCGAAAUUAUUACAGCGACGCAUGCGCCUGCUCUUGGGCUGGACAAUUUGGUCGAGAGUUAGAAAAAAAUUUCUCGAAGACGGAGAAUCUUGCCCCAGUGAUAGCAUAAUUCGGGAGCAACAUAAUAUUGGCCAAUUUGUACGUGGUACUGUAUGCAUGAAUAGAAUACAACAAACACGACAGUUAA